GUCAUCCCAGUACCUUACUCACAUGAACGUUCGUGGACCAUAUGGACCUUCGUUCUUAUAGUUGUUAAUUUUAUUGCUAACAUUCUCAAGUGACGUUCUCAUCAGAUACAAUGAUCCCUGUGAUUGCAAGGCAAAGCAUGCAUGUGCAUAUUUAAGAGAACGAAUCAGCGUCUCUUUACUGUGGGCCUCCAGGAUCUCGACUAUGAUGCUCGUUGACUUCCAGGUUUCUCUGCUCUUCGCUGCCCUCUUUCUGCGAGUUCAUGGUGCACCUACCUCGUCUAAGCCUCUGUCCAAGCGCGACUCGAUACCCAGUUAUGCCUUGACCUACGCGCCUUACACAUACCUGUACUCUGGUGAAAGUUGGUGGCAGUCCGAUAUAUCCGUUCAUCUUCAGCAUACCACUCCCGAGGUUGAUUAUACGUCCCUCGGAUAUCAAGCGACAGUCGAAACCCUCGACAGUGUACCGUCAGACGCGUAUCUUACGUCCGAUGAUAAUGUCGAAGAUAACCCCGCAUGGUUGCUGUCCACCUCUAACAAGCCUGAUUCCUCCGGCUACAGUCCCGCCCCUGCCACCAUAAUUUGCGUGGAAAAAGAUGGAGGCAUCGUCGACGCUUUCUAUUUCUACUUUUACUCCUAUAAUCAUGGAAACACAGUGUUAGGACUUGUUUUUGGCAAUCAUGUCGGGGACUGGGAGCAUUCAAUGGUCCGCUUUGUCAACGGGUCGCCCGAAUACGUCUACCUAUCCGCCCACUCCGGCGGUACAUCCUAUACCUACGAUGCGCUCGCCUCCCAGAACGGCCGCGCCGUCACAUACGUAGCUACCGGGACGCACGCUAACUAUGCCACAGCUGGACAGCAAGAUUACACUCUCCCCUUCGGUCUUCUGCACGAUACCACCGAUGCUGGUUUCUUCUGGGACGUCACGAAGAACUUCCGAGGGUUCUGGUAUGACGUUUCCUCUGGCGAUUUCAGCAGUGCGGGGGGAGUCGACGUGGGCGGUAGCGAGCAGGUCAGCGAAGGCGUCAGCUGGCUCGACUGGUUAGGCUUUUGGGGCGAUGAGCAGUACCCCGACAGUGACGAUAGACAGUAUUGUAUAUUCGGAGAGUGUCACUAUGUUAGUGGACCCACAGGCCCAAUAGACAAGGACCUCGACCGAACCGAUGUCUGUCCCGACACUGGCGACUGCGAUAUCCAGACGUCGAUCUCGUCCCGGAGCAUUGAAAUCAGAGCCGGCGGCGCUGAUGGAACUGUGUUUGCUGAAUAUGCUGAAGAAUUUGCCAAGUUCAAGGCUGAAGUGGAGAGCAGCAAGGCCAAUUAUACCAUUUAACUUCUCUUGAAAGAG